AUGGCUCGCAUUGCUGCGCGCGUUGCCGGGCAGGAUAUCCAUGCGUUGAAGGGGAGUCCGCCGAGGAGACGGUGGACGAGGAGUCAGAGUCGGGAGCUUGAGGCUCAUCCGAUAGACGAUGUUUCUGUUGGGAAGUCUUCCCUCAAGAGUAGCAGGCUAUGGAAGGGUAAAGGGAAAAUGAGCGCACAUGACUUGAGUGUCGUCGCAGAAGAAUCACCGGUCAAGCCAGCCACGAAGUCAGGACUUCGUGCUCGCCAUGUGAUCCCUGAAUCGCCUGAGGAUGUGCAUAACAACACGAUGUCGGGCUCCACCAUCAUCGUCCCUGACGCAGAAACAGAUCAAGAGGAUGAGGAUGACGACCAGGACGAGGACGAUCUGGACCCAGAGUUGAUGCUCGAAUCUCUUCCUGGCUUGGAACGAUCUGCAAAGGAUGUUCUCGACUUUCUGGUCCCCAGCUCCGCGGAUCUCAAAAGUAUCGUCAACAUGGCCAAACGACUCUCAGAUCCCCGGAACACCCAAAGCAAACGUCUGACCCUGCGGAAGGCCGCCUUCAAGAACCAGCCCGGAUGGUUCGAGGGUAAGACGUACAUCGACGUCACGCGAGCUAACGAGUCCCUUUCCUCCCACUUGACGAAGGAUGGGGCCGAGUUGAACUGGAGUGCGGAGCCUAUCCUCCACCGCGCUAACUGUGCCCGUUUUUCACUGGAGGUGCUCCUGGCUAGCGGCAAUUCCAACGCCUUCAAAAAGGCCAUAAGGGACGUGGAAGCUCUGUUUCCGUUGCCUUUCAUGCGUGAUCUGGUCACUCAUCGGGGUGAUGCCGUUGGGGAAAGCGCGCUGGUUAAAGACACGUUCCAGCUCGCUUUAGAGAUCCGUACUCAGUCCUUGAUCAUGCAGUUAGAGGGCCAUCAGCAUGAUCACAGCUUCGAUCCGAACUUCAUCUUGGAAGAUGGCUUCUUUCUCGAUGUGUCUGCCGACGAAGCGUUUGACAGCAGCGAUGCUCUAAUGCGUGGAAUGGUUGCCAACUUGCCCGAUGAAGAUGACAUCUUUGAUAUUGACGACCUAAAAACCACCUAUCCCUGGCGGAGCUUCCUUCUGCGGGCGGCUCGCUGGAUCCGCAAGCGGUGUGAGGAAAUUGACGAAGACUUAAACCGCCAGCAGAGUGCAGAAGCUGCGCGGGAGGAAUUUUUCGCGGAAAUUGACGCAAAGGACCGUCGCAGUAGCAGCGUGGCGGAUCGCUCUAGUUUGGCUCUCCGGCGUACAGAAGAACAGAGCACGAUCGCUUCUCCCGACAAUCGAAGAGAUUCAGUGAUCCCACCCACAACUCCCAAAGACACGCCGAGGACCGCUGAAUCCAAGGAACGGAGAAAAUCUGGCAAACCGGCAUUUUUGAACAAAUCUUCUCUUGAACGCAUAGCACAAAGAAGGCUAAACCCUCUGGCGUCUGUCAAGAACUCUGAGGUGCGCAGACAAUCGGAUGGCGCCGCGAGACCAGCUCCAGCAAAUGGCCAGAAGGAAUCUGCAUCCCAGCUUCGGCGUCAGACCCUACCAGCAUCCCGGCUAUCGAGACGGACACCAUCGGAAGAGGCUACCGAAGAACAUUUCGAAGAGUCUGUUGAAGAGCUAGCUGAGGAGCCUGUCGAGGAGCCUACCGAAGAACCUGUCGAACAGCCUACUGAAGAACAUGUUCACGAGCCCACUGAAGAGCCUAUCGAGGAACCCACCGAACAGCCUGUCGAAGAGCCUACUGAAGAACCUAUCGACGAGCCCAAUGAAGAAACUAUUGAAGAGCCCACCGAACAGCUUGUCGAAGAACCCACUUUCCAUGAAUCCCCGUCACUCGUUCAGCACGACGAACAUGACUUCAACGUAGACAGCGAGUCCGAACUCUUCGUCGGCGAACGCACACAGUUAGAGAAGUCCCACAGUCCCGUGAUGAGAAGGACCUCACGCGAGCCCCGGUAUGCCAGUCUGGGCCCAGUCAGGACCAAACUCUUCGCACCCGAGCUACGGCUCGAGCCGACCUCUACACAGACGUCGCGCCCUAUGCUCUCCAGUCUUGAACUGUGGAAAGCAGCCAACGGCGACGGACCAUCAUCGCAACCCAGCAAAAAGCCCGAACAGGCCUCCCGAUUCAUCGACCGGCAAGCAAACGCGCACCGCGUGUCCCCUAUCAGCCAAGCCGACCCACAAAGCGCCGAACGGCGCCACCCCCCUGAAGUACAUUCCAGGAAACGGCGACGCCAGGAAUCAGAGGAGGAUGACGAGAGCGACGGCGAGUUCAGCAACUACAGUCGGCCCGUCGACACCGUCCGCAAGCGCGCAGAAAAGCCCGUGCGGCCUCAGAACAAACGCCAGCGAAUCGAAGAACAGGACGAGUCUGCAGCCCAGCUGCUGAACGGUCUGGAAGAGACCGCGCGCAGAAGCACCGUUCCUGAAUCCCCUGAGGCAGCGGCUCGGAGCACCAAUCCCGUCCCUGUGUCGUCAAGCGCGAGACACACGGUCACGUCGACCAAGGCGCCGGUACGAUGGACGGCGGCCGAGGACAAGCGACUGAUUCGGUUAAUCGAAGAGGUCGGGCUGGGCGGGCCCAAGGGCAGCGGGUGGUGCAAAAUCGCCAGUCAAAACGAGGCGCAGCCCGUUCGGGAGGGGGAAAGCCGCAUUGAAGGGCGAAACCAGGUUCAGCUCAAGGACCGUGCGAGAAACAUCAAAAUCAGAUAUCUCAAGGACCGAAAAACUUUGCCCUCAAACUUCGAGCAUGUAACCAUGAAAGAGAAAGACCGGGCCAUGCUCGCGGCCAAGGGCAUCAACGUGUCUCAGUAG